GGGCCCACUUUUCAUCUAAUGAAUUGGCUUUGGUAUCAUUCACCCUUGUGCUGUACGACCACGCUAUUACGUUUGCUGAAGAGAUAGAUUUCUUCUGGUCUGGGCCAUGGUCAACUUCGAGGAUACUAUAUCUCAGUAUCCGAUACCUCGCUGUGACACAAGUGUUCUUGGUCCUUUUUGCAGAUACCAAGAACCUCAAUUUUCUUGUAGCGCUGGCCAGCUUUUUGUCUUGGUUUACCUCCUUGCAUUCGUGGUCAUGGUGCUCUGCCAAUGUGUCGUCACACUACGAGUAUGGCAUCUAUUCCAUCGGAGGCGCUUGAUUAGAUGGUUUGCGGCCGUCGUGUUCAUCGGUUCCAUGAUAGGAAGUGCAAUUGUCGGUGGCGUCAGUUUUGACGCCGUCAAGAGUGCUUACGAGAUCACCAACUCUUCUGUGAAUUCGAACAAGAGUCCUCCAGUGAUAUUCAUAAUCUACUUGCCAUCCUUGAUCGUUCAUACGGUCAUGUUCUCACUAACCAUGUAUCGCUUUAGAGCCAGCUCAGGAGCUUUGCAAGAACAUGGGAUUAUCCACCGGUUCUUAAAAGAAGGGAUGUUUAUGUAUGCUUUUGCUGCCGGAACGCUGCUGUACGAAAUCAUCAGCCUUUCUAUGACUGAACUAGAUCACAUAUCUGUCUACUAUCCAGCCCUUGGGGGAGGAUUGGCAGUAGGGACCACAGUCGUCUCCGUCUGUCGCGCGAUGCUGAGCAUUCGCUCAUUGGCUGCAACUCACCAUGUCGAUCCUGCAUGGUUGCUUAACCACGCAGAACUCAGCCGUGUGCAAUGGAGGAGAGGAACCAGUGAAGGCGAAAUCUAUGUCGAAGUUGAUGAGAUGGACGUUUUUCCUCCGAGUCACUAACUUCUGCACGGAAUAUAGGAGCAAAUGCGAUAUAAAAACACGAAUCUAAUCCAUAUGCUAUUUCUCGAUCUGACAUACAAAACAAGACAUAAAUUCGUGCUACAUACACUCAAUGCAUCACCUAAUGCCUAUCUCGU